ACUGGGAAUUUGUAGAAUUUCUUAUCUCAAAAAACAUUUAUUGCCUUAUCAAAUCAUGUAUUAAAUAACUACAAUGAUUACUCACAUAAAAACCCCAAAUACCAACUUCGUUUUCACAAUAUGACUUCAAAAUAGCAAACUGAGUAGCGGAAAUUUUGAUUUGCUGGUAUUGUUUUGUUCGAUUGUGUUGCCGAAACAAUGGCAGAGCCGGAGAAGCCGUUCGCCUGCGUGAUGCAGGGCUGCGGCAUGACGUUCACGAACGAGGAUCACCUGCACGUACACACGAAAAAGCAUGAUAUGGUUCUCCAGUUGGGUAUGGAGCAAAAGGCAGCGUUCGUAGCGGACCAGACACCAACUCCAACCCGCUUCAUCCGUAACUGUGAGGAAGUAGGGCUGUUCCAGGACCUGCAGAAUGUCAACCCGUUUGAUGAAGGGUUUAAACAGGCUAUGGAGGCCAAAGCUGGCCGGCUGUCCCUGGAGGGUUCAGACGUGGACACCCUCCACACCCCACACACUUUACACACCCCCCAGAUGUUCCCCCUGGACGGAGACGCCAGUCUCUACACCAAUAACCAGCGGAACAUCACUAUAAGCAGGUCAUCCAGUGACGAAUCAGGUGCCGUCAAAGAAUAUGAAACCACAACAAUUUCCAAACUAACCAAUGAAGUAACCACAAUCAGCAGAAUAGUCGGAAAACAGGACAUUGUAGAUAAAGUCACGACCACUGAUGACGUAGCUAUAGUGCGACAUGAAGACGCACACAAAGAAAUAAACGAAACUGUCUCAUACACCAACAAUGUCAUCAAAAUACAUAGCAAUGUAGAAAUAAGAAAAGAUGGUAUUAUAGAAUCCAAAAAUAUACCUAGAAUAAUUUACACGGAUUCAGUUAUAAAGGACGGUCAUGUAACUAAAGAUGUCUUGUUAGCAGAUAAACCUGAGAAAGCUCCGCCUAUAAUGAGUCAGAAAUCUCUAGAUUUUGUAGUCGACAGUUUAGAAGAACAUAAUGAUAAGAAAGAGGAUAAGCAGAUUAUAAAAAUGCUUAAAAGGAAUUAUAAUAAUGCUUUAAAAGACAAAGAUGAUUUAGAUGAUUUUGAAAUUAUAAUCAAGAAGCCAGAUGGGAGGCAAGUUAGAAUGAAACCAGUUGAUGAUGAUAAGAGAAUACAAAAUGAAACUAAAGAUAAAUUAAAAAGGGUUUUAUCUGAUAAAGCAGAAAAGAAAACUAGUGAAAAUAAAAUAGAUGCACCGGUAGUCCAAAAUACUAUAUUGCCAAUUUCAACACUACCAGGUACACUAGUUCCAGUAACUAUAGUUAAUCCAAAUACAAUACUUAUAACGAAUACGUUACAGAAGAUACCAAUAGUACCUUUCAAUGUGAAUAAAGUUAGCAGUAGCUUUAAGAAAACAGUGAAAAGAAGAAAUAGUAAAGAGAAGGAGGUAGUGGAAAGUAAAGAAGAAGCAGAGAAGAAGAAGUUGCUGGAGCCGCGGACAGCAGCUUCUAGAAGAUACAGACAAAAACAGAAAGUCCUAAUGAACUGGCAGGCAGAGGAGAACCGACUGCUUAAGGAAACGAAUCACAAACUGGUAGCAGAGAAUGCUGCCCUUAAACUCCUCAUCACUGAGCAUUUGAAGAAGUGCUCCAAUCCUGAGGACCUGAAAUUACCACAAGCAGAGCAUCACACGAACAGAUGAUAGACCCAGCAAGAUAUAAGCAAUUAAAUUAUUACAUUUAGAUUUUGACUAAAUUGAGCAUUUCUUUUUUUUGCCAUUUUUUUAUUUAGAUUUUUCUAGGGAAUUUUAGGUCAAUUGUACUCAGAAUCACGAGUACUUUCAAUCUCAC